AUGAGAUUAAUAAUACAAAGAAUAAAUGAGAAAAAAAAUUUUUUAUUUCAAAAUAAUAUAAUACGAUUAUAUAGAGAAGCUUUGCCUAAAGUUUUUAACAAAAAGAGUAAUCACUCAAGUAAGUGGAUACAAAGACAAAUAACAGAUAGAUACGUAUUAAAAGCUAAAAAUGAAAAUUAUAGAAGUAGGGCUGCAUAUAAAUUAAUUGAAUUAGAUAAUAAAUAUCUUUUUUUAAAAAAAAAUAAAGUAAUAUUAGAUAUAGGUUGUUAUCCUGGUAGUUGGUGUCAGGUUAUUUUAGAGAGAACCAAAAAUUAUUCUAAUGAAAUUAUUGCAAUUGAUAAAAAAAUAAUGGACCCCUUACCAAAUGUACAUUUCAUUAAAGGAGAAAUAGGAAAAGAUAAUAUUGAUAAUAAAUUAAAAGAAUUACUAAAAGACAAAAAAGCUGAUAUUAUAUUAAGUGAUGCAGCUGUUGCAUGUAUUGGUAAUAAAAUUGAUGAUCAUUUAAAUUCAUGUGAAUUAACAUUAUCAAUAACUAAUUUUAUGGAAAAAUUUAUUAAUAUUGGUGGUACUUAUAUUGUUAAAAUGUAUCUAGGUAGUCAAACAAAUAAUCUAAAAACAUAUUUAAAAACUAUUUUUCAAUUUGUUAAUACAGCUAAACCAAAAGCUUCAAGAAGUGAAUCAAGAGAAAUAUACCUAGUUUGUAGGAAUUUUCAAGGGAGAAAAAAAAUUAGUGAAGACAUACAAAUUAAAGGAGCAUUUUCCUUAAAAGAAGGUUAUUAUUAA